GUUCCAGGUUCUAUUAGGGCUAAUUCAUUCUCUCCAAGUCUGACUCUGACGGUCGGCCCGCAAGGCCUUUGCUCUGAUCAACUGUACGAUCUCGCUACUUGUCAACUUACGUCACUUGAAGUCAACUCUGUCAUGAGCACGAACUUUUCUACAACACACGCACGGCACUUAUGAAGCCAUAUCGUCCUCCAGGCCGCUCGCGUGCUGCCCCCAGCACCCUGUGCCAAAAAUGCUUAAAACGAGGCCACUUUAGCUAUGAAUGUUCUGCAAAGGCUCAAGAGCGUCCAUAUGCAGCAAGACCGUCACGAACACAGCAGCUCUUCAAUCCGACACUAGUCCCAGAGCUGACCAACGACGUACCGGCUGACCUGCUACCAAAGAAAGGUGUGGCUGAUGAGCAGCUGGCAAAGAAAGAGUUGGAGCGCACAAGGAAACGAUCCAGAGAUGAAAGAGAGCGAAGGCACCGCCGCAAACGGUCGCGUUCAAUGUCCUCGCGCGCUUCGUCUGUCUCGACCAUCUCAACAAACCGUUCGCGGUCACCGUCGCCGGAGCAUACGUCAAAACGAAAAAGAUUGUCGGGUACAAUGCCCAAUGUCCAUCUAGGCCGAGAUGAACAGAUGGGUGGGAAGAGAAGGAGAAGCCCGAGUAUUUUAUCGUCAGACUCGCAAGUCUCGCGGGUAUCUGACGGCAUGAAGGAGUCCGUCACCCAGGGGCCGGCGCAGAAGGAGGGAGAUGAUCCACGACGAUAUGGAGCGUACACCCAGCAGAAGUCGGACACCGCCAAGGAGAAGAUCACGCUCGCACUCAACACCACGAGGUCUGCGAGCACGGAGAAGCCCGUCGUUACGGUCUCGGUCACGCAGUCCCGUCUACGCGAAUGGCAGUCGCGGUGGUGA